AUGUUGACUCUACGUGUUCUGGUUGUGCUUCAAUGCCUCCUCGGACUCAUUAAUGCUCUCGUAAAGAGGGAUGACUGUGUACCAUGGCAAUUCAACGCGAAGAGAAGCAUCGCCUCGGUCGGCCAGACCAAUUGCAGAUAUCACGCGAAAACGGGCAAGAAUGUCAACUACUUCACCUGCACGGAGAUUGCGCAAAAGUACAAAUUGACCAUUGCGGAGCUGCUCGAUCUCAACCCGGAACUGGACGAGAACUGUCAGAGAAUUAAGGCCGAAACUGAUUACUGUGUCGUUGGCUUCCACGAACCCGUGCGAGCCUGGGACGGAAAAUGCGGUGCACCUCAUGGUAACGCCUCGUGCUUGGGAACGGACAAGCAGUGCUGCAACUCGAAGACAUUCACUUGUGGUAAUUCCGAAGAGGAUUGUGCCACAGGAGUGUGCUACUCUGGUGCUUGUUUCGGCUCCGUCCAAUUUGGAUACUCGCUAGACGGCACCUGUGGACCGAAACAUGGCAACGCCAUCUGCGGUGGCACCUGGGGCGACUGCUGCAGCAACGACGGCCGCUGUGGAACAGGUGAUGGCUUUUGCGGCAAAGACAGUUGUUUCUCUGGCAAGUGCGCCAAGGCAGAUACGCUCGUCGCGCCGGCCUUGCCCGGAGUGCCCAUCACUGCGCCAUGGCAACUCGGAACGACGCCCGACGGUACCUGCGGUGGACCUCACCACUACACCUGCGAUGUCACCUUUGGAGCCUGCUGCAGCACUGAUGGAAUGUGCGGUUCUACGGAGAAGCAAUGUGGUACCGGCUGUCAAUCCCGCUUUGGCAAAUGUAACAAUGGUACAACACUGGUCUAUCAUAGCGACUAUGGUCAUUUCUGA